CGCUUGAGGAAAUGUUCUUCGUGAGAGAGCAAAGAAUGCGAUCCAACUGUUACCAAUCCAACGAAGGAUCAGCGAUCGCCGCGGGAAGGAUCUCUCGAGAGAUCUCUUCUCGUUUAAAUCCAGGGAUCUGGCGGAGAGUAGGGCCUGGAAAGUAUAAAGUUUGUUAUGAUGGCAUAAUCAGGGGAGUUAAUGUGGCAUAGAUGGCAUGCUUAUGCAUGCAUCUUUACCAUAGUUACUUUUUUUCCCGUGAUUAGUGGCGAGGCUUGUCAUGUUUGACUCAGAAAUUAGACACUGUCCAACAAUUAUUUACAGGCCAAUUCGGCCAGCUGAUCUUCAAGUUCUUGAGCAGAUUCAUGCUUCUUUAUUUCCAAUCAGGUAUGAGAGGGAAUUCUUCCUCAAAGUUGUCAAUGGCCAAGGUAUUGUUUCUUGGGGUGCUGUUGACAUAAGCAGGCCUGAUGGCCAUGUUGAUGAGCUUAUCGGAUUCGUCACAACACGCACCAUUGCAGUAAAAGAAAGUGAGAUUACUGAUUUAAUAGGAUUUGGCACAUUAAGGAAGGAUCAAACUUUAGUGUAUAUAUUGACACUUGGUGUUGUAGAACAAUACAGGAACCUUGGGACAGCUUCUUCACUUGUUCGGGAGGUGAUAAAAUAUGCUUCAAGCGUUACUAGUUGCAGAGCAGUGUAUUUGCAUGUUAUCGCUUACAAUCAGCCAGCCAUCCAUUUCUACCAAAAGAUGCAAUUUAGGCUUGUAAGAAGAUUAUCAAAUUUCUACUACAUUAAUGAACAGCACUACGACUCAUUCCUGUUUAUGUACUACGUAAAUGGUGGUCGAUCUCCAUGCUCGCCAUUGGAUGUUCUAGCAGCAUUUGCCGCAUACUUCAUGAGCCUCCUAAGAAUGCUUAUUGCAAAGCUGUGGAAGGGUGGUGACAAUAGGAACUCAAGAUGGUCCAGGUGUAAAGAAAACCACAGCCUUGGACUUACACAGAACAAGAGAAUCCUCAAUGCUGAGAAUGAUAUCUGCCAAAAUGUUUAAAUUUUAAAAUCGUCCUGAAGUUGCUCUGUCUUGAAAAUUCAAUUCAUGGACUACUUUCCCAGCAAAAGGUUGAGGAUCAUGUAUUUUAAUUUCUAACUGAGCACUUGAAGAUAAGAAAGCUAUUGUGAUUACCAAAUGGCGACAGCAUGUUAUAUCAUUUGCUUUUCAGCACACACUUGAUAAGUGAAAUUGUUUCAACUUGCAAGUUUUCCUUGUAUUUUCAAACUUUCUUGGUUGCUCUCUUCA